UAGGGGCAUACGCCCAACUAGAGAGAUCGAUCAGCAGAAACAGACCCCGCCCAACAGGCUGACAGCGCUGAUAGCUGCUGCUCGUCAAUUAUUACUGAAGCCGCAGAGACCCGAAAGGAACUCAUUUUAACGAGUUUCAAGGAUGAGAAAAAUCAGGGCAAGAUUUUUCUUGCUGGCGGGAGCUCUUGGUCUGUUGGUCCUCCAUCUCUGCAAAGAUUUUAUUGACCACAAAAACAUCCACUUCAACAUAAAUGUGAGAGAUGAUGACUUUCAAAUAAAACAACCCACCACAAAGAACACCUCUGUGUACUCCUGGCCAAGAUGUCUAAGAAACAUGUCUGCUGCCAACAUCACAGGCUUCAGCUCUCUUUCUGGUGACGUACAAGACUUUCUCAACUAUAGACACUGUCGCCAUUUCCCCAUGCUGCUGGACCUUCCUGACAAAUGUGGAGGAGUUGAUAAAUCUGCAGAAAUCUUCCUUCUGCUUGUCAUUAAAAGUUCUCCUGUGAACUACGACCGCCGAGAGGUGCUGCGUAAAACCUGGGCUAAAGAGAGGUUGCACAAUGGUGUGUGGAUCCGAAGAAUAUUCAUCUCCGGAACAAUGGAUACUGGAUUUGAGAAAAAGAGACUAAACAAACUACUUGAGCUGGAGCAACGGGAGUACAAUGAUAUCCUCCAAUGGGACUUUAAAGAACAAUUCUACAACCUCACCUUGAAGCAGAUACUCUUCCUGGAAUGGAUGGAAAGAAACUGUCCUAACGCUCGCUUCCUGCUAAAUGGUGAUGAUGACGUCUUUGCUAACACAAACAACAUGGUUGAGUAUCUCCAAGGCCUCAAGGACAAUGACGGAGGAAAGCACCUCUUUACUGGCCAUCUGAUCCAGAAUGUGGGGCCCAUCAGAUCAUCAUUGAGCAAGUAUUUUAUCCCAGUUCAGGUUCAAGAGUCAGACUCAUAUCCCCCUUACUGUGGUGGUGGGGGCUUCCUCCUGUCUGGCUACACCGCUUUGGUCAUAUUCAAUAUGUCCCAGUCCAUUACUAUUCUCCCCAUCGAUGAUGUUUACAUGGGGAUGUGUCUGGCUAAAGCAGGACUAAGUCCAUCUUCUCAUAUGGGAGUGAAGACGGCCGGACUGCACAUUCCUUCCAGCACGCUAGAUGAAUACGAUCCUUGCUAUUAUAAAGAAGUUUUACUGGUACACAGAUUCCUUCCAGCUCAAUUGUACCUUAUGUGGCACAGAAUACUUGAUUCCAAUCUGAAAUGUGGCCUCUCAAAAAAAUGGCUUUAGCAGCACCAAACUGUCACUCAAGGGUGGGGGCAGAGCAUGUCGACACUUUGAUUCCUGCACCAGCACUUAUGUUGUGAGUACAGGUAUGACCUUCUUCUUUCCACCAUUCCAUCAGGAGAAAAGGUUUGAACAAUUGUUCCAACAUGGUUCAUCCAAUUGAACUGUUUAUAUUCUCGAUGGCAUCACUGUGGGCGAGCAGUCAGUCCGACUCAAGUCAGCGCUGCUGUUGGUAGUGUCGUUUCUUUGUCUUGGUGAGCAGCUUUUAUUGCAAUCAAAAAUGGGUUUUCAAAACUUGCUUCAUAUUAGGUUUUAUUGUUGGCUACAUCUGAACGGACAGAAGCACUGACAAAUGAUUACCAGUUGUUAAGUACGGCUACUGUCGUAUAAAAUAAUUGCCUACAUAACCAUCCAUCUCUCACUUUGCAUGGGGUCAUUUCCCAUUCAAUAAAAAAUAUUGAUUAACGUAGCUUUAAACUGUUGGUGAAACUAAAGUAUGCAUACAAACACAUCAUGCUUAAUAACCUCUGAACAAGACAUUGGUUGAUAGUGAGCUAGUCUUUAAAUAAAAGAUCUAAACCAAAGUAGCAUAAUUUGCAGGUCAAGCAAACUAUCUUAUCAAUGUGACAGCCGCUCUGCUCGGUUCGCCUGCUGUUGCUCUGUUUUCUUUCUCCAUGGUUACAGAUUAAUCAGACAUUAACCAGUGGCCUGUGCACUUCUUUAUACCCAGCUCUAGGUGUGAGCCAUUCAGGAUAAUACGUUAUACGGUGGUGUCCACAGUCUGACAAAAUAUCUUGAAUAAAUCCUCAAGACAAAUUAUGUAAUGUUCACAAGUUUAAAUUUGUAUUUAAUUUAAAGAUAUUUUUGUCAGAAUGUGCCUGUAUAUUUGUGCUCAUAAAAGAGACUAAUGUAUGUUUUUGUGCCUUACGCCAGUGCUUUUCAGCUAGAAACCAUUGUUAGAUUUGCAAAGAUAUGUUUAGGUACUUUUUAUUUAUAAAGCAACACUCUGUAAUAACAAUUACAAGGGGUCCCGAGUGAGAAUUAUGAUGUUAAAUUGCUGUAUGCUUUUAAGACUCUUCUUUUUACCAUUAGUCUUGUGAAUAUAUAGAAAUAUCCACAUUUAUUUGUUUUUGAUGCUAAGAAUGGGUCAUACUGCAUAUUAUUACAUUUAAUAUUAUGAUAUUUUUUUCUAUAUCAUUAAUGGAAAAUGUGUACUGCAUAUAUUAAACAUGUAUAUAAUAUGAACACAACUAAUGUUGGCAGGCAUAAUGUGUUUUUUAACCUUUUCAAGAACACACUUGAUUUGUACAUAUGCAUAUACAUGUAUAGGCGAUAGACAUGUGCACAGCUGUAAACAUUCCAACACCAUUAAGUGAGUUUUUGCAAGUGACCUAAAAUUAAAGGAAAAUGUAUGUGCAGCACAGAUUAA